AGCUCCUCUUUCCCUCCACGACAACAAACUCUCUCCCGACUUUCACAAAACACAAACACAAUGGACGCCGUCUCUAAGCCCGCCCCCGUCGCCGCUCAGCCCCAGGCUGCCAUUCAAAUGAAUGCCAUGAACCCCGCUGCCCCUGCCAACUCUCAACAGGCUGAGCACGAGCAUCACCAUCAGCACAAGGCCUCUCGUCUCCGUGGUGGAGGUGCCGGCAGGGACUGCUUCCUCGGUCUCAUCGAGUGCUUCCUCUGCUUCGAAUGCUGCAAGGUCAGACCUCGUUCCACUUUUGCCCUCGUGUUUUCCACGCACGUUCCAACUAAUCACAUCAAUUUCUCCGUACUCAGGAUUGCUGCGAAUGCUGCGCGGACAUCAUCUGCUGCCCUUGCGAGAUGUGCUGCUAAGCGUGCGCCAGCCGUCAUCCUACGACUUGAUUCCCCUGUACCUUGAGGAUAGGGUGUCUCGAUACCACCUGCUUUACGCCCUUCGAUCUUCUUAUCCCUUAACUACCCCCAUCCCGGCCCUCCGCCUCUUCAUGCCUGCUAUUCUAUGAUGUCUACGUGUACUUCUCAUUGCGUAUGGACGGACGCCCUGAAUGAACCUU